UUGCGGGUUGCCAGUAUGUUUAGACAAACAACAUUCCUCUUCCAUAUUUGGGAAACUGAAAGAAGUGUCAUUGUCAAGAAAGAAAAAAAACAAGCUCUGUUUUUGACAGAGACAAAGGGUUAGAAACUAAUUGUAACUGUGCUGGAUUGUAACUGACUCAAUCACAUACAAGGAUGUCUCUGACAGUGUCUCAGGAUGAGGGGGUGACACUGAUCACCAUCACCUCCAACCCCAACAGCAAAUGCCCAAUGCUGUGUCAGAUCCUGGGAGCUCAGUGCAGUCCUGUGUGUACCGUAUCACAGCAUGUGAAAGGGAAGAUGAUGGACAUCUAUAUGGCACUUGGGAUUGUGCAGAUUAUAGCAGGAGUCCUCAAUCUUGUGACAGGGAUUUUAUUCAUAACCUAUGGGAUACAUGAUCACAUUAUGAUGUUUAAUGUUCCAUUCUGGCUUGGUGGUGUGUUUGUUGGAGUUGGAGUGGUGUCUAUUGUUGCAGAUCAGUUCCCCAGUUAUUUUAUGCUGCUCGUCACUGUGGUGUUAAACAAAGUCAUGGCUCUGCUGGCUAUGAUAGGCCUUGCACUGUAUGCAUGGGACUUGGUGGGCGCUGAGAAUACUGCAGAUAUGUACUACGGCAAUGCGAUGAAUCGCUGGAUGUCACUCCGUGAAAUACUGGAUGUCACUAUGAUGAUCAUAUCAGCCCUUCAGCUCUGUGUGACCCUCAGUUUCUCUGUCUUGACCCUGAAAGAACUGUGUGAAACAAAUUCUAUGGAGGACACUGAACUUUACAAGCCACUCAAAGAAGAGAUCACUAUCAGUCAUGUAUGUUAGAGAGACUGUAAAAAAUUAAAUGUUCAUUGUUAAUCUGAAACUACACAAUCAUCAUGGUUCAUGUUUUUUGUAUUUUGAUUAUUUUUUAUCUUGAUUAUUAUUUCUUUCUUCUUGAAACCAAUGACUAAAAUAAAAAAUUAAUUUGAAUGCAUUUUUAACACCACAUUGAAAUUCUUUACAUCCUUCAACAAAGCUUCAUUCAGGUAUCUUAGCCUUAGAUGCAAUGGAUUGCCUGCCGACUGUUUACUGACUAUUUACUUUGCAUAAUGUGCAAAAUAAUAAUAAUAAUAAAUAAAUACCUUUUAGUCAGAUUGCUUGACUACUUGUACUGUAUCUGGUAUCAUGCAAAAGGUCUCCUUCUCUGCACAAGAACUUUGUGUUUUCUGGGUUGCAUGGUUACCCAGAGAAACUAUUUAUCUUGUGUUUGAACAAGCAAAAGUCAUAUCAUCUGUCAUAAAUGGCAAUAAAUCAUUGAUGUGGAAUGUG